GUUUUUCCAUCAAAAAAAAAAACUCACGGGGUUUUAGUAAACUGUGUAGGCCUAUUGUCAUCACCGGGUUAUAUUAGGCCAACAGUUAUUUAAAAAUAACCAGAAUAAAUAUUUUUUUAACAGGUGGAGACUGUGGCUGGAUGUUCAUGAAACUGUACGUACCGAUUGAAUAUUUUGUUAAAAAGGCUUAACGGCGAACAUAUCGGCAAUUAAAAGUAACUUAGUGGCAAAAUAAACGAGGACUGAAUAAAUAAAAGUCGCUUACUUGCAUGAAAACGUGAGAAUAUGCCAACAGCAUAUUCGUGAAACAAACAUUUAAACGUUUAUUUGAAUAAGAUAAUCCCGAAACCUCCGUUGCCGAUUACGGCUAAACACUGAGCAGACUCCGGCUCGUAGCUGGCCAUUUUUGAUAGCAGACCGACUCAACAAAACUUUUAUAAAAGGAUGCAUUCGAGUCUAACAUAAAGCGUAAACUGAAUACGUUUCUACCGGGAAUCAAUUCAACUUACCCAGAAAUACAUAAUACAUAAUAAAUACAUCACUGCUGUUCAAUGGAGAGGAACUUAAGCCAAGUAUUAAAAUGCCUGGACGAAGCUCCGACUUCCGAAGAGUUUCUUUACAGUAUGGAUCCGUCCACCUGUUUCACGUACUCUGUUCUGACGCUGAUGACGUUAGUGGGAAGCCUUAUGUACUUGGAGGAGACCGUGUACAUAACCAGGAAAAUUACGUCAUCCUGCAAGAGAACCGCUUACAUCUGGGUUACUGGCGCUCCACCUGUGAUUGCCGCCACGUCGUGCGUUGGCCUGUGGGUUCCUCGCUCGUCCAUGUUUACAGACUUCACUGCUUCCAUCUAUUUAAGCAUCUCCCUGCACAAGUUCCUGGUGAUGAUGCUGGAGGAGUUCGGUGGGGAAGAGGCGCUGGUGCGCCGGCUGCAGGACAAGCCCCUGAAGACCAGCACCGGGCCCUGCUGCUGCUGCUGCCUCUGCCUGCCGCCGCUGCCCGUCAGCAGGACGAGCCUGACCAUCCUGAAGUGGGGGACCUUGCAGGCUGCUCUUCUCAGGCCAACGCUCAUGUUUUUCGCCACUGUCCUCUGGAGCAACGGCACGUAUCAGCAAGGCAAGAUGGAGGUGAAGGAGGCGUUCCUAUGGAUCACUUUGCUGUCUGUGGCUGCUUUCCUGCUCUCGCUGUGGCCCCUAGGAAUCAUGUUUGCCCAGGCCAAGUUAGACCUCUCAAAGUGCAACAUUGUUCCAAAGUUUGCCCUGAACCAGUGCGUGGUGGUUCUUAGCCAGGCCCAGAGUGGCAUCGUGGACGUGCUGGUCAGCACUGGAACCAUUUCUUGUGUACCUCCUUUCUCCGCCCGUGCCAGAGGAACAUUCAUGGACCAACAGCUGCUGGUGGUAGAGAUGUUCAUAGUCAUAUUCGUGGCCCGUUUCUACUACAGAUGGGAACACAGCGGCAGUGAUGCCGAGAAUCCAGGUCCUUGCUAAGGAGCGCGACCACGGGGACUGGAACACGCUAGAAAGAAAUGUUCUCAAGCGGCCGCUUAUCAGUCCAGUGCAGUAGGUUUAAAUACUACUGUGGUAUCACCUGUCUUUUUACUCUGGACAAGAAGAUCUGCUGACUGCCAGAGCUGUUGUCAAUGGACCAUGUUCAGAAGUAACAUGAAUGAACCUGCAGCAGCCCAGAAGGUAUAGAACAGGGGUCUUCAACACUGGUCCCGGAGAGCUACUGUUCAGUAGGUUUGCUAUCCUACCUGGUUUCUGAUG